CGCGCGGCUCCCUCGGCGCCCGGGCAGCUCCACAUUGUGCGGAUCGCGGCCGGCGGAGCGCGCACCUGGCUGGCUGUCGGCGCGCAGAUCGCCCCCCCCCCGCUCCCCCGAGCCACCCGGGCUACCGGCCGCCGCGCCGCGCGCCCACCGCCUGGGCCUGAGCCCCCGCACGCCCACCCGCCGCCUGGGCCCACGCCCCACCACCACAGGGCCCCGGAGGACGCCGGCCCUGGACGCCUGCAAGCUGGCGCCGAGCGGGAGGGCGUGAGCGCGCCGGGCCCGGAACCCGCGCAGCGGAGCAGCAGGGCCGCCGCGCCGAGCCGGGGGUGGGUCCCUUCUCCUGAGCUCUGCGUGGAAGGAGAGGGCGGGACCGGCGCGGGGCGGAGAGCGAGGAGAGGGGCAUGACUCGUGCAACUGGCGGCGGGCAUCUGCCGAGCCUCUGAGCUGCCGGCGGCUGAGGCCUGGAUUGCGCCGCGCCGAGCGCACCCCGCGCGCCCGCCCCCGGCCACCUCCGCGGCGGACCUGGAUCCUCGGAGCGCGCCGGCUGGCCCUGAUCGCCUUCGUCUUUCGGCCGGUUUCUGGGGCGAGGAGCGCACUCCUCGCCGGACCUCCGGGCCCCGAUGGCUCCGCGGGGGCUUGCGGACGAGGCUGGACACUGGUGGGGACUCGCUCUCGGCUUGGCCGCCUUCUUCCUCCCAGGUGCCCACGCCCAGAUGGUGCAGGUGAACGACUCCAUGUCCGGGUUCAUCGGCACCGACGUGGUGCUGCACUGCAGCUUCGCCAACCCGCUGCCCGGCGUGAAGAUCACCCAGGUCACCUGGCAGAAGGCGACCAACGGCUCCAAGCAGAACGUGGCCAUCUUCAACCCGGCCAUGGGCGUCUCGGUGCUGGCCCCCUACCGCGAGCGCGUGCAGUUCCUGCGGCCCUCCUUCACCGACGGCACCAUCCGCCUCUCCCGCCUCGAGCUGGACGACGAGGGCGUCUACAUCUGCGAGUUCGCCACCUUCCCUGCGGGCAACCGAGAGAGCCAGCUCAACCUGACCGUGAUGGCCAAACCCACCAACUGGAUCGAGAGCAGCCAGGCCGCGCUUCGUGCCGAGAAGGGGCGGGAUGAGAAAGUCCUGGUGGCCACCUGCACCUCGGCCAACGGGAAGCCGCCCGGCGUGCUGUCCUGGGAGACGCGGCUGAAGGGGGAGGCCGAGUACCAGGAGGUCCGGAACCCCAACGGCACGGUGACCGUUGUCAGCCGCUACCGCCUGGUGCCCGGCCGGGAGGCCCACCUGCAGCCCCUGGCCUGCGUCGUCAACUACCACCUGGACCGCUUCCGGGAGAGCAUCACCGUCCGCGUGCAGUAUGAGCCUGAGGUGACCAUCGAAGGGUUUGAUGGGAAUUGGCACCUGCAGCGGAUGGAUGUGAAGCUCACCUGCAAAGCCGACGCUAACCCCCCGGCCACCGAGUACCGCUGGACCACGCUCAACGGCUCUCUGCCCAGGGGCGUGGAGGCCCAGAACAGAACCCUCUUCUUCAGGGGACCUAUCGACUACAGCCUGACGGGGACCUACGUCUGCGAGGCCACCAACCCCAUCGGCACCCGCUCAGGCCAGGUGGAGGUCAACAUCACAGAAUUCCCCUACACCCCGUCUCCUCCGGAGCACGGGCGGCGGGCCGGGCCGGUGCCCACGGCCAUCAUCGGGGGCGUGGCGGGGAGCGUGCUGCUGGUGCUCCUGGUUGUCGGGGGCACCGUGCUGGCCCUGCGCCGGCGCCGCCACACCUUCAAGGGCGACUACAGCACCAAGAAGCACGUGUACGGCAACGGCUACAGCAAGGCGGGCGUCCCCCAGCACCACCCGCCGCUGGGCCAGAGCCUGCAGUACCCCGACGACUCGGACGACGAGAAGAAGGCCGGCCCGCUGGGGGGCAGCAGCUACGAAGAGGAGGAGGAGGAGGAGGGCGGCGGGGGGCGCGAGUGCAAGGUGGGGGGCACGCACCCCAAAUACGACGAGGACGCCAAGCGGCCCUACUUCACGGUGGACGAGGCCCAGGCCUGUCAGGACGGCUACGGGGACCGGACCCUGGGCUACCAGUACGACCCCGAGCAGCUGGACUUGGCCGAGAACAUGGUUUCUCAGAACGAUGGGUCUUUCAUUUCCAAGAAGGAGUGGUACGUGUAGUCCCCGCAGAGCCUGCUGCGCCCUCCUCCGCCCGCACGCCCCACCCCUCCCCCACGACCCUCCAGGACCCCCGGGGACUCACGCUGCCGCCCGUGGGCAGAGCCCUGGUUCCGGCCCCUCGGCCCGCCCUCCCCGCGUGUCCUCUGUGGCUUUGAUGUUGCUGCGCCCCCUCUCCCUGGCGGUGCCCUCUGCGCUGUGUGCAGCCGGGCCUGGUCUCGUCUCGUGCACCUGGGCACCCAGCCCUCCAGGCCCGGGGAGCCCCUCCCCACCCCAACACUGGAACGCCUCUGCUCUCCACUGGGAGGGGCCGAAGGGCCUCCCCGAGGAAAAGCCUCCCCCGGUGCUGCUCCCCGUUCCCACGAAGAGGGCGCCCCGCCCCGUGCGAGUGGACGCGGCCGGGGUUGGCCCCGGUCCGACCCGAGAGGCGGGGCCGGUGCUGUGAGUCUGUCGAAUAGCCCGAGGCCCCGGGCCGUGGGUGCCUUUGGUGGUGCAUUUUCCUCGUCCCACACGACCCUCCUUGCCACCCCAGUCUGUCCCCACAGGGGCCCACACCCCACACCUCUGCCGACACAGACGCGGACCCAUGCACACGCCACCCGUGUCUGCUUCCGCACACCCCGGGGUCACACGCCUUCCCCGGGUGGGACACGGUCCACGGCUGCCCCCCACUUCCUCCCCUUCCCACCCACAGCGGGGCAGCUGGCACGAGGCCCCCAUGCUCCCCCCCAGGAUCUCGGCUGGCCCUAAACCGCUCCGUACAGCACGAAGCCCCCGUCUCUUUCUCACCUAGCAAGUUCUAGCAACGGAUUCUCUUGGGGUCAGGGUUGGGGUCCCGAUGUGGAGGGGCACGGCAUGGGGGGAGGGAGCCAUGCGGGAGGAGCUCAGACUCUGAAGGGUGUGGGUAGCGCCUCGCCCACUGAGGCCAGAAAGUGCAAGGGGAGGGGGAGCCGGGGAUACUGAUCCGAAGCCCCUGCUCCCCACGCUCCUUCCUGCUCAGCUGCCCCUGGGCGUCUGGGAGAGCCCCCCCUUUGAGCUGUAGGUUCGGCGUGCAUAGGCCUGAGCUCCUGUCAGUCACCCACUCCGGUCUCCACAGAGGAGCAAGGCCCGCCCCGCCCCUUGGUCCCCUCCUCAAAGUGCCUCAGGUCCUCCCUCUGCCCGCCCCUGCCCCUGGCUCUAGGUGGGGAGACCCUGGGUGGGGAGGCGGGGUCACACCUGCCCGCUGGAUUCUGGUGAACUUGGCCCAGGUGUGAGCCCUAUGGGAUGGCAAGUGUGGGAGGAGGGCCGAUGGCUGUGCCCCCAGGCACCACUUGCCCCUAGGCUUCCCGAGCGAGCCCCCCACCCUGUUUCUCCCCUCUCUGGUGCUGCUAUGGGACCCCUGGCCAGCUCCUGGCAACCUUGGGCCCCACAGUUGGGCCACCCUCACCUGGCCCCCACAUCCCACCAGCCACCCAGUAGCCACGUAGCAGAGACCUGAAGCCAUGGCAGCCCUGGGGCCACCCUCCCCUCGGCGUUCAGGGUGCUGGAUGGAAUGCAGUCGGAGAGAAAAUUCUGGGGUCUUUCCAGCCAGAGAAGAGGGAGGGGAGGAGGGAGGGAUGGGCUGCUUCUCCCAGCAGGAUUAGCCCCCAGGGGAGGGGCCUUCUCCAUGUGACAUCACUGUCCAUCCCAUGGGCAGGGACUCCUCCACCCAGUUCCCUCACCCCAGGCACAGAGAAAUCUCGGGGGCCUGCCUGGUGGAGGCAUUCUCUGUCCCCUUGAAACCAUAAGACUGAAAGGAUUCCUCCUCUGUCGAUGCUACCACUGCCACCCCUAUUUCUCACUUGAUGAUGGACUUUGGAGGCCCCUGAGCCCAGCCAAAGCACUGAGUCCCCCCAGGACACCUCCAGGCCCCCCUCCAAGCAAAGCACAAAUCAUGGUUCCUGUGCCGCGUGCAUGGGCCACAAGGGACCCCCUUCCUGGCCGGGAGCCCGCUGCAACCUUCCCCACGGGAGAGCUGCCCCGCAGCGUCCGCACCGGGGCCUGGGGAGAUGGGGUUUUCUGUGCCGAGUCUGCAGGGAGCUGUGGCCCAGCCGGGGGGCGGGCAUUGCUUCCCUGUGACACCAGCACCGCUGAGCCCCAGCCCUUCCUGGCUGGAGAUGAGAUGAACUUGGAAUUCGGGGGGCCAAGACCUCCCGCUGUCAUCCUGCCUCUGGGUGCCCUCCUGUCCUGGCCCAGCCCGGCCUCCCUGUACCCUGUUUUCUUACGAUUUUGAUAUUGUUAUAACGUGGGACAGAGCCACGAGGCUCUUAGGAGAAGGAUGUGAAGAGCGAGCGCAGGGGAAUGGGCAGAGGCUCCCAGGAGCACCGGCCCUGGGCAUGUGCCCUCUGCCAGCCCCUCCCUGUGCCCAGGUCGCUGGUGCCAUCUUCCUCCGGCCACCCGCCAAGCGCAGGAAGCAGGGAUGGUGUUGGGUAGGGGGGGUUCUGGGGGCCCCACGGCCCCUCCUCGUGAGCAGCGGUGAGGGCGCCUGGGGCCUGGCGGCCUCCGCCUGGUGCACAGCGAGGAGCCUGCCCUCCUGCUGCAGGGACGGCUCCUGGCCCCAGGCUGUUCUGUUCUGUGAGAAGGAGAACAGGCCCGAGGAGCGGCCCCUCCCUGGGCGCGAUGCACAAGCUUUGCCUCGGCUUCUCAUCGCCGGUUUCAUCUUCAGUCCCGGGGCGCCCCACAGCCUCCUGGUUCCCACCUGGGGGUGUUGGCCUCGCCCCCUUUUACUUGUAUUAAAAAAAAACUCAUGGGUUGAAAAUGUACUUUUUAUAAUAAAGUGUUUA